UCUACGUUUCUCUAUCUAGAAACUCUUCUUCUUCGAUUUUGGAUUUCAGAUUUCAAACUCAGAUCCAUGGACCGAGGAUGAAGGAACUUCACGCUCGAUUCGAAAUUUCCAGACCCUAACUGUCGUCGGAAUUUCCCCGAUUCUGCGGUGUCGAUGCAGAUCAGAAAACGUACGGGAAGAUUAGGUUUCCGGUGAGUCUCCCCGGUUUCCCGACCGAGAAGACGACCGUUUCUCUUCCACCGGCGAAAUCGACGGAAAGUUCCAGGCAAAAUGGAUUUUUUCUGGGACGAGGUUUUACGCGGCGGUGAAGAGGGAUUACAAGUCAUUGAAGAGGACGAAGAUGAUCCCGCCGAUGUAAAUUUGCCCGAGGUACAUGUUCGACUGCAGAGAAUGAACUGGGAGAAUCGAAAGCUUAGAGAAAUGCUCGAUGAAGUGACCAAGAAGUACAAUUACUUGUGUUCGCAACUUUCAUUAUUGCAUCAGCAUCAGAAUAUCCCCGAUAAGGCAAUGGGGGGAAAGCCAGUGGAGACGCCAUCACAAGGCGGGAUGGAUGUGAAUAGGCAAUUCAUCAGUCAAGGUCCUUCUAAGGCGGUGGCCGAGGCCGAUAAUUUAUCAUCGGAGGAGAAGACUCAAUCGGUUGCUUCUCGAGGUGACAAUGUUGAGCUCGAAAUGGACAAUGAUAUAAGGGGCAAGAAGAGACUUGUGCAACAAGAAACUUUAGAAACCGAGCCAACGAACAAGCUUCAAAAGGCGAAUAACGAUCCUCAAACAGAUCAUCAAAUAUCCGCCAAGGCUCCGAAGAAAACCACCCGUGUAAUUGUUCGUGCGCGAUCAAGAGCUCCAGUGAUAAGCGAUGGAUGUCAAUGGCGGAAGUACGGUCAGAAGAUGGCGAAAGGAAACUCGUCCUCGUAUACGCGGGAUUUCUACCGUUGCACCAUGGCCACGGGCUGUCCCGUUCGCAAACAUGUUCAACGUUGUGCUGAAGACAGGUCGAUCUUGAUAACGACUUAUGAAGGUAGCCACCACCACCCGUUGCCGCCAGUCGGGGCAGCGAUGGCCUCAGCCACCACUGCGGCCGCGAACAUGUUGGUGUCCGGCUCGCUAUCUAGCCCCGACGGCUACAUGAGCAUGACCGAUUUACAAGCUCGAGCAUUUCCUUGUUCCUCAAGCAUGCCCACCAACUUGGCCCCGGCUCUAUUCCCCACCGUCACGUUAGACCUCACCCACCCGCAAUUACAUGAAAUGACAAAUUUGCCCAAGGAUUUGUUGCCUCUAGUUGUAGCGCAUGCCUUGUAUAACCGAUCCAAGUACUCGGGAGUUCAGUUUUACGGCGACUUCAACGGUUUUCCGGCGGCUUCUCCGCCACAUACCUUUGCUGAUACGGUGGCCGCACUCACGGCUGACCCAAAGUUCACGGCGGCUUUGGCCGGAAUUAUUUUGCCUAUGAUCAAUAGAUCGAGUCACGGAUACGGCCAAGGGAACCGCAAAAAUUAAAUCAUUCGAUUUUGGAAUAAGUUUUAAAACUUGGUUAUUUUUUUUCUUUCUGAGAUAUCUAUUGAAAU